AUGGCUGAGUCCCCCACAGAUGAGCAGCUGGAAUCUGUUCUUGAUGCCACAGUGCCGAGGAGUAUAAAUUUCAGUUCAUAUCCUCUGGCUGAGGCAUAUCGAAAAUUUGUCUUAGACUACAGGAUAACAAUCCCCUCUCUGGUCAUUGCCCUGGUCGGGCUGGUGGGGAACAGCAUCGUCCUGUGGCUGCUGGGCUUCCGCACCCGGAGGAGCCCCUUCUCUGUCUACAUCCUCAACCUGGCCGCGGCCGAUGCCCUCUUCCUUGGCAACUACUUUGGGAUAUGCAUGUGGGCAAUUGUUGGAGAUUUCGAUGCUGCUGUGCUGGAGCUGCUAUUGGUCUGCAUCCUAUACAUACCCUACUAUGUGGGUCUGAGCCUGCUGGCUGCGAUCAGCACCGAGCGCUGUCUCUCUGUGCUCUUCCCCCUCUGGUACAGAUGUCACCGGCCCAAGCACACGUCUGUGGCUGUGUGCGCCAUUCUGUGGGCUCUGCAGGGCCUGUUCUGGGGAGCACCUGUGGCUCUUUAUUCCUUUGAUAAUGACCACGUCUUCGAUUAUCUCUACGUCCUUCUGUACUUUGUCAGGUUCUGCUGGUUCUCCCUCCUCACCCCUGUGCUGGGCGUGUCCAGCCUGACGCUUGUGCUGAGGGUCCAGUGCAGCUCCCAGCGCAGGCGCCCUCCCAGGCUCUACCUCCUGGUGCUGCUCACAGUCCUCGUGUUCCUGCUCUGCGGCCUGCCCUGGGGGAUUGCUGAUGCAGUUCAGCUUUUUAGCGGCUCCUCUUUAAUGCCUUAUUGGCUCUCGAGGCUCCUGGCCUGUGUGAACAGCAGCGCAAACCCUUUCAUUUACUUCUUCUUGGGCAGCCAGUGGCGUAGAAGAGGGAGGGAGCCGCUCAGGGUGGUCCUGCAGAGGGCCCUGGGGGAGGAGCAGAAAAAGGACUCAGAGCCCAGAAAGGUCUCAAAAGAUAUUAAGGGCAUUGAGAAUGUCUCAGAAAUGAGUUGCUCCUUUCGAAAUUCACUAUGCUCUAGCAACUGUCUGUUUAAGACUGAGAUUUCCCAAGUUACCAAUCGCCCCUGCAACGACAUUAAGAGUCGAGCAGGGUUUAGAGGAGUGACCCACCUCGAGCAGAGGAAGAUUUACCGUUCUUGGCCAAGAGAACUGGAAAACUCCCUCACACUGCCGCCACCACCAGCCUUCCUUUUGUGCCCUCACGUGAAUGGACGCGUCCUCUCACCAGCUGUGCGAAAUAAAAGGGUUGAAUGCCACUAG